AUGGAUGGAGACGGCGGUAGUCUGAUGGGGGAGGACGGGAGGAUGGAGAGCCCCAACGAGGCUGCGCUACUAGCGCUGAUGGAGAACACUGGAUACAGCAUGGUACAGGAGAAUGGACAGAGGAAGUUCGGCGGACCGCCUCCAGGUGUGUGUGGGCUUAACGUUGUGUGAGAGGGAGGUGUGAGCGAGAGACAGUGUGUAAGUUAACAACUGUGGUUGAAAAUCAACUGGUAGGCCUGAGAGAGAGAAGAUAGUUACUCAUUGUGGGUGUGUAAGAGUAGGGUUACAUGCACACAAUAAUGCGAUUAUUAUGGAUAGUCAGAUUAAUAUAAUAGUUAGAUUAAAACCUUUGCAAGAAGAAGGAUUUCCCUAAUAAUCAUGUUUACAUGGAACAAUGUUAUUUUUGGGAAGCAUAUUUCAUUCUGAGUUUGGACAUAGUAUGUGAAAACUACUUCUAAGACGCAUACAUUCAUUCAGUUGUUCCGAACUCACUUUACUCACGCUAAAGAGGGAGGCUCGCUAGGCUAGUGUUAGUACAUGCGCAGGUCAAAUACACUGCUGGAAAGGCAAUUAAGGUGUUUACAUGUCCUAAUAAUUCGAAAGGUUGCUCAGAAAACCAGAUGUUUUAAUCAGCAUACGCUUACUACGAUUUUGACCUUAAGCCGAUUAAGACUUUGAUUGAGCUAGACUCUUGUAUGGCUACCCAGAUUCCUUGUUCUGGCCAAGCGCUACACCACGCCCAUGUUAGUUUCUUCUUCGUAAUGAGGCUGGAUCUGACUACCUCCCUGACCCUUCACUGAAUGCAAACACAUUCUAACCGUUCUGAUUGGUCCAGAAACCGAUGGUUUGGGCCAGAGCCAGAACACACGUGGGUAAAGAGGCGGUUUGAAAAUUCAUCAUUGGCUUUGAUACUCAGAUUGGUUAGAGACGAUCCAAUCGCUGAGUACAACGCCCCUCUUCACCACAAACAACUUCAAUGAUGGCAGCCUCAGACUAACGUCUGUAGUGAAAGACAGGCUGUUGGGAGUGGCUCCAUAUCUACUGAUUGUUAAAUGAUGAGGAUGUGGAAUGUUAGGCUGUCAGGAGUGGCUCCAUAUCUACUGAUUGUUAAAAGAUGAGGAGGUGGAACGUUAGGCUGUUGGGAGUGCUUGCCUAUGGAGCAGUGAGGGGAACGGCACCUCUGUACCUUCAGGCUCUGAUCAGUCCCUACACCCAAACGAGGACAUUGCGUUCAUCCACCUCUGGCCUGCUGGCUCCCCUUCCUCUGCGGAAGCACAGCUCCCGCUCAGCCCAGUCAAAACUGUUCGCUGCUCUGGCACCCCAAUGGUGGAACAAGCUCCCUCACGACGCCAGGACAGCGGAGUCACUCACCACCUUCCGGAGACAUUUGAAACCCCACCUCUUUAAGGAAUACCUGGGAUAGGAUAAAGUAUUCCUUCUAACCCCCCCCCCCCCCCAAAUUGUAAAGUGGUUAUCCCACUGGCUAUAGGGUGAACGCACCAAUUUGUGAGUCGCUCUGGCUAAGAGCGUCUGCUAAAUGACGUUAAUGUGCCCUUGAGCAAGGCACUUAACCCUAAUUGCUCCUGUAAGUCGCUCUGGUUAAGAGCGUCUGCUAAAUGACUAAAAUGUAAAUGUAAAAUGGGAGUGGCUCCAUAUCUACUGAUUGAUAAAUGAUGAUUUGGUGGAACGUUAGGCUGUUAGGAGUGGCUCCAUAUCUACUGAUUGUUAAAUGAUGAUUUGGUGGAACGUUAGGCUGUUAGGAGUGGCUCCAUAUCUACUGAUUGUUAAAUGAUGAUGAGGAGGUGGAACGUUAGGCUGUCAGGAGUGGCUCCAUAUCUACUGAUUGUUAAAUGAUGAGGAGGUGGAACGUUAGGCUGUUAGGAGUGGCUCCAUAUCUACUGAUUGUUAAAUGAUGAUGAGGAGGUGGAACGUUAGGCUGUCAGGAGUGGCUCCAUAUCUACUGAUUGUUAAAUGAUGAGGAGGUGGAACGUUAGGCUGUUAGGAGUGGCUCCAUAUCUACUGAUUGUUAAAUGAUGAGGAGGUGGAACGUUAGGCUGUUAGGAGUGGCUCCAUAUCUACUGAUUGUUAAAUGAUGAUGAGGAGGUGGAAAGUUAGGCUGUUAGGAGUGGCUCCAUAUCUACUGAUUGUUAAAUGAUGAGGAGGUGGAACGUUAGGCUGUUAGGAGUGGCUCCAUAUCUACUGAUUGUUAAAUGAUGAGGAGGUGGAACGUUAGGCUGUUAGGAGUGGCUCCAUAUCUACUGAUUGUUAAAUGAUGAUGAGGAGGUGGAAAGUUAGGCUGUUAGGAGUGGCUCCAUAUCUACUGAUUGUUAAAUGAUGAGGAGGUGGAACGUUAGGCUGUUAGGAGUGGCUCCAUAUCUACUGAUUGUUAAAUGAUGAUGAGGAGGUGGAAAGUUAGGCUGUUAGGAGUGGCUCCAUAUCUACUGACAUUGAAGUGAAGUAAACUUUGCACCUUCCCAUUAGCUUUGGUAAUUAGAUUAUGAGUGAUUAAUACAGGCAUGAUGACCUUAAGCGAUUCUCUCUCGAGAGAGAGAAGAGCAGAGAGAGAGAGGAGAGAGCGAGAGAGAGAGAGAAAAUGCUCUCGAGUCUCUCUAUCUCCUCUCUCUCUCUAGCUCUCUCCUCUCUCUCUCUUCACCCCCCACCCCCCCCCCCCCCCCCCCCCCCCCCCAGGUUGGGAAGGCCCUCCUCCCCCACGAGGGUGUGAGGUGUUUGUAGGUAAGGAACCACAUCUAACCUGUUAACACACACACACAUCGGUAUAAGUGUAUAAUGAUGAUACGAGAGCCGGGGAGAAUCUUUGUGUGUGUGUGUUAUCUAAGGUAAGAUCCCUAGGGACAUGUAUGAAGAUGAGUUGGUGCCAGUGUUUGAGAGAGCUGGGAGGAUCUAUGAGUUCAGACUGAUGAUGGAGUUUAGUGGAGAGAACCGGGGCUACGCUUUCGUCAUGUACACUACCAGGUAGGGAUUCUUUCUCUCUCUCUCUAUCUCUCUGUCUCAUUAUCUCUCUGUCUCUCUCUCUCUGUCUCUCUCUCUCUCUCUCUGUCUCUCUCUGUCUUUGUCUCUCUCUGUCUCUCUCUGUCUCUCUCUCUCUCUCUCUCUCUCUCUCUCUCUCUCUCUCUCUCUCUCUCUCUCUCUCUCUCUCUCUGUCAAUUCAAUUUCAAUUUAAGGGCUUUAUUGGCAUGGGAAACGUGUGUUAACAUUGCCAAAGCAAGUGAAGUAGAUAGUAAACAAAAGUGAAAUAAACAAUAAAUAUUAACAGUAAACAUUACACUCAGAAGUUUCAAAAGAAUAAAGACAUUUCAAAUGUCAUAUUAUGUAUAUAUACAGUGUUGUAACAAUGUGCAAAUAGUUAAAGUACAAAUGGGAAAAUAAAUAAACAUAAAUAUAGGUUGUAUUUACAAUGGUGUUUGUUCUUCACUGGUUGCCCUUUUCUUGUGGCAACAGGUCACAAAUCUUGCAGCUGUGAUGGCACACUGUGGUUUCUCUCUCUCUCUCUCCCUCUCUCUCUCUCUCUCUCUCCCCCCCUCUCUCUCUCUCUCUCUCUGUGUCUCUGUCUCUCUCUCUCUCUCAUCCUUCUCCCCCUUCCUGUGUGUACAGAGAGGCAGCUCAGAGAUCCAUCCACCUCCUAGACAACCAUGAGAUCAGACCAGGGAAGUUUAUAGGAGUGUGUGUCAGUCUGGACAACUGUAGACUGUUCAUAGGUAGGAAUGACUUCAACACUAUCGCAACACGAUGGGGUUGGGCCGAUUUAUAUGAUUCAAUCUAAUAUCGUGAUAUUUGACGUUGACAAUAUAUCGUGACGUGCAAGACGAUAUAUUGUGAUGGUGAAGACUAUACUCUAUAUUUGAACUUAGCAAAUCAGUACUGUGCAGUUUUAUCAGUUAGGCUAUAUCAAUAUGUUAGAUGAAGUCUAAAUUAAUUAACUAAGCCUUAUUUUUUUUUUUGCCAUACUAAGAUUGUUUAAUGAGAAUGCGACUGUAAUAUCCUAAAUAAAAACAAAAAUUGGAAUCAUCUAGUCAUUAACGUCGCAAACCGAUUUAUAUCAGAUAUUGGGAUAUUCGGAGAAGCAUAUCGUAGAGGGGGACUGCCCAAAUAUCGCCCAAACCUACAACUCAACCAUGAUAUCAGAUCAGGGAAGUUUAUAGGUGUGUGUGUGUGUGUGUGUGUGUGUGUGUGUGUGUGUGUGUGUUAGUCUGGACAACUGUAGACUGUUCAGAGGUAGGAAUGACUUCAACACUAUCACAACACAAUGUUGUCUGAACUCAUAUGUCUAUUUCAGCAGUGGAAAAUGACGCUCAUGUGUUAUUUUAGAUUUUUGAUAGCCACAUUUACUAAUGGAUAGGAAUGCUCUCCCUGUUUUUUUAUAGGGUCCAUACCUAAAGACAAGAUGAAGGAGGAAAUACUAGUGGAGAUGAGGAAGGUUAGUGUGAUCACAUCUAGCAGACAUGAGGUGGGCUAACGUCAUGAGGAAGGUUAGUGUGAUCACAUCUAGCAGACAUGAGGUGGGCUAACGUCAUGAGGAAGGAUAGUGUGAUCACAUCUAGCAGACAUGAGGUGGGCUAACGUCAUGAGGAAGGUUAGUGUGAUCACAUCUAGCAGACAUGAGGUGGGCUAACGUCAUGAGGAAGGUUAGUCUGAUCACAUCUAGCAGACAUGAGGUGGGCUAACGUCAUGAGGAAGGUUAGUCUGAUCACAUCUAGCAGACAUGAGGUGGGCUAACGUCAUGAGGAAGGUUAGUGUGAUCACAUCUAGCAGACAUGAGGUGGGCUAACGUCAUGAGGAAGGUUAGUGUGAUCACAUCUAGCAGACAUGAGGUGGGCUAACGUCAUGAGGAAGGAUAGUGUGAUCACAUCUAGCAGACAUGAGGUGGGCUAACGUCAUGAGGAAGGUUAGUGUGAUCACAUCUAGCAGACAUGAGGUGGGCUAACGUCAUGAGGAAGGUUAGUGUGAUCACAUCUAGCAGACAUGAGGUGGGCUAACGUCAUGAGGAAGGUUAGUGUUAGGGGUGUAACGAUCCAUCUACUACAUCGAUGUAUCGAUUUAUAUUCAUAUGAUCCAACUACAUCGAUCUGUGCUCGGCGAGUUGGCCUUUUGGACAACAUAUAUCGAUCUAACAUCGUUUUAAAAUGUAAUAAAUCGAUUGUAUCGAUACUAGGAAAUAACCCAUUGGAUUUAAGCACGUCAGACUUUAUAUGCAGGGGUGCACAUAACUGGUACGCAGAUACGCAAGCGCGACAAAAAUCAGGAAUGCGUAAUGCCACUUGUGUUACUACGCGCCUUUGCGUACUUGACCGAUCUUCUCAUCUAACCUUACACAUGACAUGUUGCUUGUCAACUACUGUCAGGGAUGUCCAAAAAGCAACAGACAUUAAGAAGCUUCUUUGGCGUUUCGCCACCUACAAAGAAACGCCAACUGGAGCCAGAGCCGAAGAAAAUACUUUUUUCGGAAAAGUGGCUUAAGCUAACGAUGAGCGCACUGAAAUGUGGUGCAAGAUUUUCCGCUCAAAUCCACAUCUAGCAGACAAAACAGGUGCAUUUUAUAAAGGCUCAAAGAAUUUCAACCAUCCUUUAUUUGACAAACAUGAAAAGAGCAAGGAGCACACGAAUGUGGCGCAAGCCAUUGCUAAAAGCUAGCCGAGAAUAAAUGUCCAGUCGCCCACUUGCCAGAUAGCGAGACAAGCUGAAUGAAGAACAGCGGCAAGCUCUGUUUAAUAUUUUUCUCUUUCCAUAAAGCUAAACACGCACGUCCCAUGUCUUCCUAUUCUGAGGAUGUUCAUUUACUGAAUGCUUUUUGAUGGAUCUGAGGACAUCACAAAAACUGAGCAGGAAAUAGUUUACAUUGUGUCUGUGUCCAGCAACGGAGAGUUUACUUCGGACUUUAUUGGACUGAUUGAAUUGGGUGCUGACCGAACCGCACAGGCCAUAACAGACGGACUUGUGAGACUUUUGGUAAGUUUCAUAAUACCAGAUGGUCUGCAUGGAGUCAUGAAACACUGUUAAAAAUAUCAAGACUAUUGCCAGCCAUUAAAAUGCAACUGGUUACCAGGUAUUUAUUUCAGUCACACUGGUUGAAUUUUUGGCUAAAAGGUUACUGAAUCGAUUUCAAGUCACUGAAUCGUUUCGGAUCGUAUCGUUCUAAAUGAACCAAUAUCGUCCUUGAAUCGUAUCGACAACCACGAAUCGUGAUACAAAUCGAAUCGUUGUUAAAACGAAUCGUUACACCCCUAGUUAGUGUGAUCACAUCUAGCAGACAUGAGGUGGGCUAACGUCAUGAGGAAGGUUAGUGUGAUCACAUCUAGCAGACAUGAGGUGGGCUAACGUCAUGAGGAAGGUUAGUGUGAUCACAUCUAGCAGACAUGAGGUGGGCUAACGUCAUGAGGAAGGUUAGUGUGAUCACAUCUAGCAGACAUGAGGUGGGCUAACGUCAUGAGGAAGGUUAGUGUGAUCACAUCUAGCAGACAUGAGGUGGGCUAACGUCAUGAGGAAGGAUAGUGUGAUCACAUCUAGCAGACAUGAGGUGGGCUAACGUCAUGAGGAAGGUUAGUGUGAUCACAUCUAGCAGACAUGAGGUGGGCUAACGUCAUGAGGAAGGUUAGUGUGAUCACAUCUAGCAGACAUGAGGUGGGCUAACGUCAUGAGGAAGGUUAGUGUGAUCACAUCUAGCAGACAUGAGGUGGGCUAACGUCAUGAGGAAGGUUAGUGUGAUCACAUCUAGCAGACAUGAGGUGGGCUAACGUCAUGAGGAAGGUUAGUGUGAUCACAUCUAGCAGACAUGAGGUGGGCCAACGUCAUGAGGAAGGUUAGUGUGAUCACAUCUAGCAGACAUGAGGUGGGCUAACGUCAUGAGGAAGGUUAGUGUGAUCACAUCUAGCAGACAUGAGGUGGGCUAACGUCAUGAGGAAGGUUAGUGUGAUCACAUCUAGCAGACAUGAGGUGGGCUAACGUCAUGAGGAAGGUUAGUGUGAUCACAUCUAGCAGACAUGAGGUGGGCUAACGUCAUGAGGAAGGUUAGUGUGAUCACAUCUAGCAGACAUGAGGUGGGCUAACGUCAUGAGGAAGGUUAGUGUGAUCACAUCUAGCAGACAUGAGGUGGGCUAACGUCAUGAGGAAGGUUAGUGUGAUCACAUCUAGCAGACAUGAGGUGGGCUAACGUCAUGAGGAAGGUUAGUCUGAUCACAUCUAGCAGACAUGAGGUGGGCUAACGUCAUGGGGAAGGUUAGUGUGAUCACAUCUAGCAGACAUGAGGUGGGCUAACGUCAUGAGGAAGGUUAGUGUGAUCACAUCUAGCAGACAUGAGGUGGGGCUAACGUCAUGAGGAAGGUUAGUGUGAUCACAUCUAGCAGACAUGAGGUGGGCUAACGUCAUGAGGAAGGUUAGUGUGAUCACAUCUAGCAGACAUGAGGUGGGCUAACGUCAUGAGGAAGGUUAGUGUGAUCACAUCUAGCAGACAUGAGGUGGGCUAACGUCAUGGGGAAGGUUAGUGUGAUCACAUCUAGCAGACAUGAGGUGGGCUAACGUCAUGAGGAAGGUUAGUGUGAUCACAUCUAGCAGACAUGAGGUGGGCUAACGUCAUGAGGAAGGUUAGUGUGAUCACAUCUAGCAGACAUGAGGUGGGCCAACGUCAUGAGGAAGGUUAGUGUGAUCACAUCUAGCAGACAUGAGGUGGGCUAACGUCAUGAGGAAGGUUAGUGUGAUCACAUCUAGCAGACAUGAGGUGGGCUAACGUCAUGAGGAAGGUUAGUGUGAUCACAUCUAGCAGACAUGAGGUGGGCUAACGUCAUGAGGAAGGUUAGUGUGAUCACAUCUAGCAGACAUGAGGUGGGCUAACGUCAUGAGGAAGGUUAGUGUGAUCACAUCUAGCAGACAUGAGGUGGGCUAACGUCAUGAGGAAGGUUAGUGUGAUCACAUCUAGCAGACAUGAGGUGGGCUAACAUCAUGGUUUUGUAAUGAGGUAGGGAAUUUCCUCUUGGUCUAAUAGUCAAGACGUUGGUUUCUCCUGUGGGAGACCAGGGAUCAGAUCCCGCCCUUGACACACACACACACACACACACACAUUACACACAACCUGGUGAGUGGCGUGCACACACACUCACACUGUGUAUCAAUCGGUGUGUGUUGUCUAGGUAACAGAAGGAGUGGUAGAUGUCAUAGUCUACCCAAGCUCUACAGACAAGACUAAGAACAGAGGGUUUGCCUUCGUUGAGUACGACUCUCACAAAGCAGCUGCCAUGGCACGGAGGAAACUAAUACCAGGUAUACACACACACCAAUAAACUUUGAUUUGAUUUUACACACACACACACAUUAGAGGCGUCUGUUUCUGAAACUAGACACUCUAAUGUAUUUGUCCUCUUGCUCAGUUGUGCACCGGGGCCUCCCACUCCUUUUUCUAUUCUGGUUAGAGCCAGUUUGCGCUGUUCUGUGAAGGGAGUAGUACACAGCGUUGUACGAGAUCUUCAGUUUCUUGGCAAUUUCUCGCAUUGGAAUAGCCUUCAUUUCUCAGAACAAGAAUAGACUGACGAGUUUCAGAAGAAACUGGCCAUUUUGAGCCUGUAAUCGAACCCACAAUUGCCGAUGCUCCAGAUACUCAACUAGUCUCAAGAAGGCCAGUUUUAUUGCUUCUUUAAUCAGCACAACAGUUUUCAGCUGUGCUAACAUAAUUGCAAAAGGGUUUUCUAAUGAUCAAUUAGUCUUUUAAAAUGAUAAACUUGGAUUAGCAAACACAACGUGCCAUUGGAACACAGGACUGAUGGUUGCUGAUAAUGGUGCCUCUGUACGCUUAUGUAGAUAUUCCAUAAAAAAUCAGCCGUUUCCAGCUACAAUAGCCAUUUACAACAUUAACAAUGUCUACACUGUAUUUCUGAUCAAUUUGAUGUUAUUUUAAUGGACAAAAAAAUUGCUUUUCUUCCGAAAACAAGGACAUUUCUAAGUGACCCCAAACCUUUGAACGGUAGUGUAAAUGUGUGCUGUUGGGGGACUAGAGGACUGGAGUUGGGCUGUUGGGGGACUAGAAGACUGGAGUUGUGCUGUUGGUGGACUUGGGGACUGGAGUUGUGCUGUUGGGGGACUUGGGGACUGGAGUUGGGCUGUUGGGAGACUAGAAGACUGGAGUUGGGCUGUUGGGGGACUAGAGGACUGGAGUUGUGCUGUUGGGGGACUUGAGGACUGGAGUUGGGCUGUUGGGGGACUAGAAGACUGGAGUUGUGCUGUUGGGAGACUAGAAGACUGGAGUUGAGCUGUUGGGAGACUAGAGGACUGGAGUUGUGCUGUUGGGGGACUAGAAGACUGGAGUUGAGCUGUUGGGAGACUAGAGGACUGGAGUUGUGCUGUUGGGGGACUUGAGGACUGGAGUUGGGCUGUUGGGGGACUAGAGGACUGGAGUUGUGCUGUUGGGGGACUUGAGGACUGGAGUUGGGCUGUUGGGGGACUAGAAGACUGGAGUUGUGCUGUUGGGGGACUAGAAGACUGGAGUUGAGCUGUUGGGGGACUAGAAGACUGGAGUUGAGCUGUUGGGGGACUAGAAGACUGGAGUUGAGCUGUUGGGGGACUAGAAGACUGGAGUUGAGCUGUUGGGAGACUAGAGGACUGGAGUUGUGCUGUUGGGGGACUUGAGGACUGGAGUUGAGCUGUUAGGGGGACUAGAAGACUGGAGUUGAGCUGUUGGGGGACUAGAGGACUGGAGUUGUGCUGUUGGGGGACUUGGGGACUGGAGUUGGGCUGUUGGGGGUACUGGAGGACUGGAGUUGUGCUGUUGGGGGACUUGGGGACUGGAGUUGUGCUGUUGGGGGACUUGGGGACUGGAGUUGAGCUGUUGGGAGACUAGAGGACUGGAGUUGUGCUGUUGGGGGACUUGGGGACUGGAGUUGGGCUGUUGGGGGACUAGAAGACUGGAGUUGGGCUGUUGGGGGACUAGAAGACUGGAGUUGGGCUGUUGGGGGACUAGAAGACUGGAGUUGGGCUGUUGGGGGACUAGAAGACUGGAGUUGGGCUGUUGGGGGACUAGAAGACUGGAGUUGAGCUGUUGGGAGACUAGAGGACUGGAGUUGAGCUGUUGGGGGACUAGAGGACUGGAGUUGAGCUGUUGGGGGACUUGGGGACUGGAGUUGGGCUGUUGGGGGACUAGAAGACUGGAGUUGGGCUGUUGGGGGACUAGAGGACUGGAGUUGAGCUGUUGGGGGACUAGAAGACUGGAGUUGGGCUGUUGGGGGACUAGAAGACUGGAGUUGUGCUGUUGGGGGACUAGAAGACAGGAGUUGGGCUGUUGGGGGACUAGAAGACUGGAGUUGGGCUGUUGGGGGACUAGAAGACUGGAGUUGUGCUGUUGGGGGACUAGAAGACUGGAGUUGGGCUGUUGGGGGACUAGAGGACUGGAGUUGUGCUGUUGGGGGACUAGAAGACUGGAGUUGGGCUGUUGGGGGACUAGAAGACUGGAGUUGUGCUGUUGGGGGACUAGAAGACUGGAGUUGGGCUGUUGGGGGACUAGAGGACUGGAGUUGGGCUGUUGGGGGACUUGAGGACUGGAGUUGGGCUGUUGGGGGACUAGAGGACUGGAGUUGUGCUGUUGGGGGACUAGAAGACUGGAGUUGUGCUGUUGGGGGACUAGAAGACUGGAGUUGAAAUGUUGGGAGUUUAGUCAGUAGCAGUACCUCUGAUUUACUGUGGAGGGGGCUAAAGCUAAAUGAUUGAUAUGGUGCCAUAGCUAGGGCCCUAUAAAUCUUUGUUGCUGUGAACGCAGAAUGAAUCACGGAAUCCAGACAUUAAAACUGAAUUCAGCAAUAUUCAACAAUCUAUUAAACUUAGUAGGAAAUCAACUAAAUGUAUUGAACUUAGUAGGAGAUCAACUAAAUGUAUUGAACUUAGUAGGAAAUCAACUAAAUGUAUUGAACUUAGUAGGAAAUCAACUAAAUGUAUUGAACUUAGUAGGAAAUCAACUAAAUGUAUUGAACUUAGUAGGAAAUUCAUUAAUUUGCCCAAGUUUAUCAUAAGACAUGAACAAAAGGCAUCAGUGAUUUGUAUUGUCCUUUUAACUUUCUGAAGAGGCAACGUCACAGGAAAGCCCCUGUGUGUGCGAGCGCGUUGGUCUGACACUUUGUGUAGACGUUAGCGAUGAUGCGAAUGACGCCAGUCAUCUGGUAGGUUCCCAAAAAACCUUCUAAAUUUAAAUGUUAACUACAAAGUAGCCUAUGCCUACCUGGCAGAAUGAUAUCAUGAUUGUUUUGUAUUAGUCCAGUGACCAUUUGUUAUGCAAACUCUUCAAUCACAUGAAACAUCGCUAACCAAUACAACGGUCUCUGGCUGGUGAGCAGUUUAAGUAAAGGGUACACCCAAAAAUCCUUUAGAUUUUUCCCCAAACCUCAAAAGUGGUGUUCUGAUGUGGUUUGUAAUGGACUUAGAACAUCCAAAUGUGGUGUUUUUUUAUUUAGUUUAUUUUUUAUUUUGAGAGUGAAAACCUGAAAACGUAGGAAAAAUUGUAACCUGAAAAAACUAAAUGGAGAAAAAUGGAAUUUGGUGGAAAAAAUGUCCAGGUACGUUCCAGCUGUGGGGAUACACUAUCCAGGUGGACUGGGCCGAACCGGAGAAGGAUGUUGACGAGGAGACCAUGCUACGUGUCAGAGUGCUCUACGUCAGGUGUGUGCGUGUGUUUCUCUCUCUCUGUGUGUGUGUGUGUGAAUAAUGGUCCUAUUACGUAUGUAUAACCGCUAAGGCUGGGCAAAAGCCUGGCGGGUCAGAGUGUUGGGUCAGAGUGUUGGGUCAGAGCGUUGGGUCAGAGCGUUGGGUCAGAGCGUUGGGUCAGAGCGUUGGGUCAGAGCGUUGGGUCAGAGCGUCGGGUCAGAGCGUCGGGUCAGAGCGUCGGGUCAGUAACCGAAAGGUGGAUCUAAUCCCCGUGCUGACAAGGCAAACAUCGGUCGUUCUGCCCGUGAGCAAGGCAGUUAACCCACUGUUCCCCGGGCGCCGAUGACGUGGAUGUCGAUUAAGGCAGCCCCUCCCCCCGCACCUCUCUGAUUCAGAGGGGUUGGGUUAAAUGCGGAAGACACAUUUCAGUUGAAUGCAUUCAGUUGUGCAACUGACUAGGUAUCCCCCUUCCCCUUAUAUCUACCCACCCAGUCAUAAAUCCCUUUGAAAGCGCCUCGGCUACGGCAUGUUUAUUUGUCUGUUACACCGCAGCUUUUUAAAUGCAGACACAAAACCUUCUCUGGAGAUAGUUUCGAAGCACCACUGAACGGACAUUUUACUACCUGUAAAAGGAAUGCCCCUUCUGAAGCGGGACUAACGUCCAUCACUAGGCGACCAGACCUGUCAAUCAAAUAAUCUCGAGCUGCCUGCGCGCAGGCAGACCACUGUCUCCUGAAAAAGUACUUUAAUAAAGUUUGACAUACGAAGACAUUUAGUAGAAAGAAAACAUCUUCUGCUGGGAAUCGACUCCUUAAGAUUCAGUAUUUUUGGAACGGAGAAGACUGAUUAGUUGCCGUACUUCAGAGAACACCAACACUUACAUCUUUAAUAGCGAGCUAGCGAGGGACGGACAGAGAGGGGAGGGGCACAGGAUAGGCCCGUGCACUAGGCCUAUCUAUCAGUAUAGGCAGAUCAGCCACCAGACAGUCAGAACCAUGCACUAGGCCUAUCAGUAUAGGCAGAUCAGCCACCAGACAGACAGAACCGUGCACUAGGCCUAUCGAUCAGCCACCAGACAGUCAGAACCGUGCACUAGGCCUAUAUCCGUAUAGGCAGAUCAGCCACCAGACAGUCAGAACCAUGCACUAGGCCUAUCUAUCAGUAUAGGCAGGUCAGCCACCAGACAGACAGAACCGUGCACUAGGCCUAUCUAUCAGUAUAGGCAGGUCAGCCACCAGACAGACAGAACCGUGCACUAGGCCUAUCUAUCAGUAUAGGCAGGUCAGCCACCAGACAGACAGAACCGUGCACUAGGCCUAUCUAUCAGUAUAGGCAGGUCAUUCACCAGACAGACAGAACCGUGCACUAGGCCUAUCUAUCAAUAUAGGCAGGUCAGCCACCAGACAGACAGAACCGUGCACUAGGCCUAUCUAUCAGUAUAGGCAGGUCAGCCACCAGACAGACAGAACCGUGCACUAGGCCUAUCUAUCAGUAUAGGCAGAUCAGCCACCAGACAGACAGAACCGUGCACUAGGCCUAUCUAUCAGUAUAGGCAGGUCAGUCACCAGACAGACAGAACCGUGCACUAGGCCUAUCUAUCAAUAUAGGCAGGUCAGCCACCAGACAGACAGAACCGUGCACUAGGCCUAUCUAUCAGUAUAGGCAGGUCAGCCACCAGACAGACAGAACCGUGCACUAGGCCUAUCUAUCAGUAUAGGCAGAUCAGCCACCAGACAGACAGAACCGUGCACUAGGCCUAUCUAUCAGUAUAGGCAGGUCAGCCACCAGACAGUCAGAACCGUGCACUAGGCCUAUCUAUCAGUAUAGGCAGGUCAGCCACCAGACAGUCAGAACCGUGCACUAGGCCUAUCGAUCAGCCACCAGACAGUCAGAUCCGUGCACUAGGCCUAUCUAUCAGUAUAGGCAGAUCAGCCACCAGACAGACAGAACCGUGCACUAGGCCUAUCUAUCAGUAUAGGCAGGUCAGCCACCAGACAGACAGUCAGAACCAUGCACUAGGCCUAUCUAUCAGUAUAGGCAGGUCAGCCACCAGACAGUCAGAACCGUGCACUAGGCCUAUCUAUCAGUAUAGGCAGAUCAGCCACCAGACAGUCAGAUCCAGUAUAGGCAGAUCAGCCACCAGACAGUCAGAACCGUGCACUAGGCCUAUCUAUCAGUAUAGGCAGGUCAGCCACCAGACAGACAGUCAGAACCGUGCACUAGGCCUAUCUAUCAGUAUAGGCAGGUCAGCCACCAGACAGUCAGAACCGUGCACUAGGCCUAUCUAUCAGUAUAGGCAGGUCAGCCACCAGACAGUCAGAACCGUGCACUAGGCCUAUCUAUCAGUAUAGGCAGGUCAGCCACCAGACAGACAGAACCGUGCACUAGGCCUAUCUAUCAGUAUAGGCAGGUCAGCCACCAGACAGUCAGAACCGUGCACUAGGCCUAUCUAUCAGUAUAGGCAGGUCAGCCACCAGACAGUCAGAACCGUGCACUAGGCCUAUCUAUCAGUAUAGGCAGGUCAGCCACCAGACAGUCAGAACCGUGCACUAGGCCUAUCUAUCAGUAUAGGCAGGUCAGCCACCAGACAGUCAGAAACCGUGCACUAGGCCUAUCUAUCAGUAUAGGCAGGUCAGCCACCAGACAGUCAGAACCGUGCACUAGGCCUAUCUAUCAGUAUAGGCAGGUCAGCCACCAGACAGUCAGAACCGUGCACUAGGCCUAUCUAUCAGUAUAGGCAGGUCAGCCACCAGACAGACAGAACCCUGCACUAGGCCUAUCUAUCAGUAUAGGCAGGUCAGCCACCAGACAGACAGAACCCUGCACUAGGCCUAUCUAUCAGUAUAGGCAGGUCAGCCACCAGACAGACAGAACCGUGCACUAGGCCUAUCUAUCAGUAUAGGCAGGUCAGCCACCAGUCAGACAGUCAGAACCGUGCACUAGGCCUAUCUAUCAGUAUAGGCAGAUCAGCCACCAGACAGUCAGAACCGUGCACUAGGCCUAUCUAUCAGUAUAGGCAGGUCAGCCACCAGACAGACAGAACCGUGCACUAGGCCUAUCUAUCAGCAAUCAAAAGCUGCAUCUCACAAUUUCUUGCAACUUCAGUAAAACAGGGCUUAUCAUCAAUGAAUAGACUAGGAUAUUCUACAGGCAACAGACCAACGACUGAACACACACUGGCAUCUUUAGCAAAGUGAAAGAGCAGGCGAGCCAGCUGCAUUAUGAUGAGAAUUUCGUUGUGGGGGGGGGGGGGGGGGGACAAAAAAAAAACGUUGUUUCUCCGUCAGGGAUUUUUUUAAACGUUAAGGAUCCUAAUUUCGUUUUUUUAACGUUCAAACUUUUCACACCCUAGCACGUGUAAUGUGUGUGUGUGUUGGGCAUGGGGGGGGGGUGGGGGUCAAGCAAAAAGACGACUACUCUCUAUGUCCCCGUUGACAAUUGACUACGUCAACUUCUUCUUUAGAAACCUGA